UGAUAAUCUUCCACAUACAGAGGAUUUUAACCCUGACUGGGAUGUGACAUUUGAAGCUAUAAACAAUAUAACUGAACUCCUUUACUCAUCUUUUCCAAACGUACCCAUCUAUCCAUGUAUUGGUAAUCAUGACACUUUCCCACCUAACAUCUUGCUUCCUGAUGGAAUAUCUGACACUGUUUAUAAAGGAUACUUAGAAAAAGGAGGCUGGAAUAAAUUAUUGUCCAAGAAUGCUACUGAUACUUUUCAUCAAGGUGGCUUUUAUAGUGAAGUGAUUAAGCCUGGUCUUCGUUUGAUUAGUUUGAAUACAAUUCUGUGGUAUUUUCCAAACAACUAUACAGUUGAAAUCGAAGACCCUGCAAAUCAGUUUAGUUGGCUCAAAAAAGUUUUAAAUGAAAGUUCACAGCUGUCUGAAAAGGUCUAUAUAAUUGGACAUGUUUCUCCUGGAUUUUACAGUAGAGGUCAACCUGGAAAGAAGUCAGAUCCUACUUAUCACUUGCAUUUCCUAGAGAAAUAUUUAGAUAUUUUGCAUCAGUAUGCAGAAAUUAUUAUUGGUCAAAUGUAUGGCCAUUUUCACUUGGACUUUUUUCAGCUUUUUCAGUUUAAUACAG